AUAAUAGUAUAUUGUAUUAAAGUUUUCUAACAUGGACGCCUCAAUACCUGUUUUUGAGAAAACUCAUCCUCGUUUAAGUGUUUUAGAUUGGACAAGGAAUAUACAGAGAUUACAAGAGGAAGCGAGGGUUCGCCGAUUCGAGUCGUAUGAAUUACGACAGAAAGCGAAUCAACUGAGGAAUGAAACAUCGGUUACCACGCGAUGGGACAAUUAUGUUAACAAUGAAUUGUUAAGAGACAGAAUAUUUGAAGUACAAUCAUGGAGAGAGAAGCAAAGGUUCACAAGGGAAAACGUAAGGGAUGAGAUCAGGGCUUUAAAAGAAGAAAAAAACGCCACAGAGCUGCAUUUGGAGUCGCUGCAAGUACCACUGAUGGUAUCUUCGCAGUGUCUCUCUAACAGAGAUCAGAGGGUGCCCCCUGAACUCACUAGAGACCAACUAGGCGAAGAACUUAAUAAGGAACUGCACACAAUUGAAAAUCACAAGCGAGUGCUCACCGACAUAUGCCACAUGGGAUGGGAGAAGAUCAAAGAGCUCACCAACGUUUUCUGUCGUCUCGAACGGGAGAUACAGAAUAAGGAUGAUGCACUGGAGCUGGAGUAUCACGUGAAGGAUCUAGAUCGGGAGAGCUCGGAUAUUUCGUACAAACUGGACCCUUCCCGAAUACCGCCUGAAUCUAUGUCAGAGAAAACCUAUGUCGACUGCAUAGAGAAUACCAUAAAAAUUGCUGAGCAGCUGAUGUCUGAAUCGAAGGCACUGCGGGAGACAAUGUUUAAAGCGAGGGAGCAAGCCAAAAACCAGAUGUACGCGCAGAGCCAGCACGUGGAGAUGAUAAUGAGGCGCAGGGUGUUUGACAUACAAAGAGCCAGGAACGAAAUGGAAUGGCAGAAAUAUAAGCUGGAGAGCAAUUUGCAAAAAGUGGAGAGAGAGAUCGAGGCACUGCGGGCCGCUGUAGCCGACAAGAUAAACCCGACCAAGCUGGUGGAGACCAGGCUAGAGACGAGGACCAGGAGACCGGUGCUUGAAAGAGUACAGGACAAACCGAUGCGUGGUUUGAUAGAAGAAUUCGAAAGGGCCCACACGAGCACCAACUUGCUCGAGAAGAAAUUGGAAGACGCCCUAAAAACAUACCACGGCAUGUACAACCAUCACCAGCGGGUGACAAAGGACCUGCAGUACAAGAACCAGGCUCUGGAGACAGACCGGCGGCUCAUCGAGAUAAGGAAGCCGAUACACGUGCCCGACGAGACGCAGUUCCAGAGGAACGUCGGUUACUGCAAGAUGGCCGACGAGUUGGUACCGGAUUGGUAACCUUGCUACCACGUUCAAAUGUUUAGGGUUCCGUACCAAUCCCUGACCCACUGAAACUGCAUAGAGAUGUUGCACCUUUGUGCAUUAUUUACCGAAUUUAUCAUGGGAAAUUCUCUGAGGAAUUGGAAUGAUACCUGUUGCAGAUUUUCGCCACCAUACAACCCGCCAUAAACUAAAAUUUCAUCCCAACCAUCUAGAUGAGUGGUAGUCCUCCACCGUGCGUUUUUCAAAGCACUUUCUUCCACGCACAACCAUUCUUUGGAAUCAACUUCCAGCAGCAGUAUUUCCGAACCGAUACGACAUUAUAACCUUCAAGAAAAGAGCAUAUUCCUUUUUAAAAGGCCGGCAGCACACCUGCAAUGCCGCUGGUGUUGUGGGUGAUCAUGAGCGGCGGUAAUCACUUAUCAUCAGGUGAGCCGCGUACUACUUUGCCCCCUGUAUUAGAAAAAAACCUCAAGCUGCGCCUUUGUCUGCCAUUCUGUAUGUCAUAGCUAUUAGCUUAACAAUAUUUACCUAUUACAAAAGUUAGUAAAAAAAAAUUACUUUAAGAAUUAGAGAAUUAAAUCAAGAACUUACCAGAGGGAGACUU